AUGGGUCCAAAAAACAGAAAAGCUAAAUAUAUUCCAUAUAUCCCAGUAGACGAGUAUAUAAUAAAUUUUACUGACCAGUUCCGAAGGAUGAUGUCCCACUUCCUUACUCAGUCAGAAAUUUAUACUAGCAGCGAACUAUAUCAAACCCAUGUCACAAAGUCACUUCUAGGAUGGCAAGACAUAAUAGAACCAUGUAACGCAGCUGAAAACUCUUCUGAGUUUACUGGCCCUUUAAGGCCUGAAGUGUUCUUUGGGAUAGUUUCUGCAGCCACUGCUAAAGCACGCCAAGAGUUGGAAAAGAUAACUACUAGGUACCAGAAUGCUUAUAAUAAUGCCCUUGUUCAAAGGAUAGCGACCGAAACGAAACCAAAUAACAAAGGCAAACAAUCCAACCAAUCAGAGAACUCAAAUUCAGCACGUUCUCAACCUCCCCCAGUGAUCGACAAAUCCAUGGACAUAGAUACGGAUAUCUAUCCGAACAUUGCCGAAGGACAAUCAAACCAGGAAGGCAAUCUUAUAGAUCCAUCUAUUGCACCAUCUACAAACACUACUAUUGGUACCUCAGCUUCCGCUGCCAUAACACAGACGGAAUCAAAAAAAAAGAAUAGUAAAAUCACUAAAUUAACUAUGAAUAAUAACGUCAUUCAUGAUACGCAAAAAAGUCAAACACAACACAAAUAUCAGUCCGUUUGGACUAAGAUAUUAUUGUCUCCGCUUGCAGACUCAGAGUUCGUUAUGAGAACAUGGUCAAAACAAUUAGGUGGAAUUGAUGUGAGAUGGUAUCUGGAAUUCUGGAAACUCAAAGACCGUAAGGAAUGUGAACGUUACCAGGCAAAAAUCAAUAUCCCAGCAGAUGCAACCGAUGACAUGAUGAAUAAUUACGUCAGCGGACUACCUUUCUUUACUUUCUUGCAAAAGACAGGAAAGGUUAAAUCAUACCGUUCAAUAAAGGACAAGGGCAAUAAAUUCGUGAUACUUUAUUUUGAGACACAAAAGGAUCUUCAUGAUUUCAUGGAUCUAGUGCAACCUUGGAAAGUGACAAUAUCACAUGCUCCUCCUAAACCGAACGACAAGUCUUCUAAAGACAAAAAGAAACGUAAGAAGGACGCUAAGCAAGACCAGAAGAAGACCAAAAAUGAUAUCAAAGGUCCCUCUUCUAAAUCACGACACAAACCAAAGCAAGAUAAAAUGGAUACGGACACUCGUGCUUUGCUUCUCAGGCUAUUAAAUUUAUUGGCUUGA